AGCCACAUGAUAACCUGGGUAGAAACCACAGCUGUGUGCUGUUGCCCAGCGUUUCUCUGGAGGGAAGCUGGGGAGGCUUUGGCGGCUUGGGAGACCAUUAAACUUUAAAUUAACUGGAUUGGGGCAAAAGUCGGACUAUCAAUUUGAGACCCUAGUGGAUGGCAAGUGAGGCCUCCUUACUGUCAGGAAAUACUGCGGGAAUCUUUUGCUGAACCUCUAAAACCGUCUCAAAAUGACGGAAAUUGUGGAGGAAUAUGAGGAAUAUGAGGAGGAAGAGGAGGAGGAGAUUGUGGAAGAGAUUACAACGUCGACUGUCACUGAGCACAAGACUCAGUUCUUUCAGUCUGGCUUACCCACCAGGAAAGUCAAGAAGAAGGUCAAGGUGGAUACUUCCAAGUUCAUGACUCCAUACCUGGCCCACAGCCAGAAGAUGCUGGAGCAGUUCAGCCAUAACAAGUACCGGCAGGCUUAUGAUUUGUCCAGAGGCCAGCCUCCUUCCAUCAUCACUGAUACCCCUGAAAUGAUUCGCAUCAGAAAGGCCCAGGAGCAGCUUAGCGAGGUGAAAUACCGCAUGGAGGGAAAUAAGGCUAAGACAACAAAUUUUUAUGAUGGUGAGGCCAAAGAUAUCGCCCAUGUCAAGCAUGUAUCUGAACUGAUCAGCAAGGUUCUGUACAGACAGAAGUGGGAUGAGACUAAGGACAGGUACCUGCUCCCUCCUGAUGCUCCUGAGCUGGUUCUGGCUGUGAAAAAUGCUGCAAACUUCAGCAAAAAACUUUAUGCAGAAGCCUGGGAAGAAGAGAAGACCCUGUUCUACCCUUACAGUGACAGCCCAGAGCUGCGCAGGGUGGCCAAGGCUCAGGAGGCCCUCAGUGAUAUUCGCUACAAGAAGGGUCAUGAUGAGCGCAAGGCCAAGUACACCUCCUUGCCUGAUCCUCCUGAAGUGCAGCUGGCCAAGAGAGUGGCCGAUCAACGCAGUGAUCUUAAGUACAGGGAAGAUUACAAUAAAAAUGUGAAGGGUCAAUGGUGUGAGACGCCCUACUUCGAUGUGGCCAUUGCUAGGGUGGCAAUGGACAACCUCAGCAAUAGAAAAUACACGCAAGAUUUUGAGGAUAUAAAAGACCAAAUUUAUUUCAUGCAAACAGAAACGCCAGUUUAUGAAACAAACAAGAAGGCUCGUAUUGCUGCUAGUGAGGUCCAAUACAAGAAGGAAUACGAGAAGAGAAAAGCACAGUCUGACUACAACACGCUCCCAGCCACUGAGAAUCCUCUCCUGAGACAGCUCAGAUAUGCUGGCACCAUCCUCAGUGAUAAAGUAUAUAAGGCCAACUAUGAGAAAUCGAGGGGUUUCAGCAUCAACUACUGUGACACGCCCAAGUUUCAGAUGGACUCAGUACUUAAACAGUUCACUGAUGCACAUUACAAAGAUAGGUAUGACAGUGAGGUGAAGGGUCACUACAUUGGCAGCUAUGAAGAUCUCUACAUGCUUCACUGCCAGAAAGUUGAGGAAAUGAAAAAUGAGCAAACAUAUAAAGCUGAAUAUGAGGACAUCAAAACAAGAUGUUUCUUCCCUCAAACAAUUACACCUGAAUAUGAAGCUUUGAAGAAGCUUCAACAGUGUAAUGAUAAAGUUUACCGGCGUCAUCCAGACACAGUGAAAUUUACACAAGUGGUGGAUUCACCAGUUCUGGUUCAAGCCGCCAUCAAUGCCAAACAGCUAAGUGACUUGAACUACAAGGCAAAGUAUGAGGAAACAAAGUUCAAGUGUAGUCUGCCCCCAGACUAUCCCUUCUUCAUCCAGUCCAGAGUUAACGCUUUUAACCUCAGUGAUAACUGUUACAAGUAUGAUUGGGAGAAAUCUAAAGCGAAAAAGUUUGAGGUGAAGGGUGAUGCCAUCUCGAUCCUUGCUGCCCGUGCUCACACAAACAUUGCCAGUGAUGUUAAAUAUAAAAAGGAGUAUGAGAAGAACAAGGGACAGAUGAUUGGAGCGCUCAGCAUUAAUGAUGAUCCCAAGAUCUUGCACUCUGUUCAUGUGGCCAAAAUCCAGAGUGAUCGUGAAUAUAAAAAGGAUUAUGAAAAGAUAAAGACCAAGUACCAUACACCAUUGGAUAUGCUGUCAGUCACCUUGGCUAAGAAAUCCCAGGCUAUUGCUAGCAUGGCUGGGUAUAAGAGAAUCAGUCCCAACUACUUCCUUCCCUAUGACAGUGUGCUCUUGGACCUGGCCAAGAAAGCCAACAUCAUCCAGAGUGAUAACGAGUACAAGUCUGACUACAACACCUAUGUCAAGGGUAGCCCAUGGGUCACCUUUGGCUCCAUGGAGGUUGAAAAGGCUAAGAAAGCAGCAGAGAUCCUUAGUGAAAAAAAAUACAGACAACACCCAGAUACAAUCCCCUUCACUGCGAUUGACGACCACCCCAUCAUGCUGCAGGCGAAAGUCAACCAGUUUCAGAGGAGUGAUCGGUUCUACAAGAGUGGUCUGGAGGAGAUUCAUCAAAAGUACUCUCUGCCUCCUGAUACCCCUGAGUUCCUCCAGGCCAAGUGCAACGCCUACAACAUCAGCAAGAACUACUACAAGUUUGCCUGGCAGGAGAUGAUUGCUAAAGGUUAUGACAUGAAGCCUGAUGCUAUCCCUAUUAUUGCUGCCAAAGCUGCUAGACAUGCUGCUAGUAAUGUCCAAUAUAAAAAGGCUUAUGAGAAGGCCAGAGGCCACCAUGUUGGCUUCCGAAGCCUCCAAGAUGAUCCUCUGCUGGUUCACUACAUGGAGGUAGCCAAACUGCAGAGUGACAAGAACUACAAGAAGGAUUACCACAAGGCCAAGCUGAAGUAUCACACCCCAGUUGACAUGAUGAGUGUGGCUCAUGCCAAACAUGCCUCUGCAGUACAGACCUUUGCUGGCUACAAGCAGCACCAUCAUAAUUACUUUCUUCUGCCUGAUGCUAUGAGUCUCGAGCUUGCUCGCACCAUGAACUACAAUUCCAGUGAUUAUAACUAUAAACUGGAUUAUGAGACCUCAGUUAAGGGAAUUGGCUGGGUCCCCAUUGGUUCCCUGGAGGUGGAGAAAGCCAAGGCAGCAGCUGCAGCUCUGGAUGAGAAAAAGUACCGCCAGCACCCUGACACCAUCAAGUUCACCAGUGUUACUGACUCCAUGAACAUGGAACUGGCCAAGGCCAAUGCCAAGAUCUUGAAUGUGAAAGAGUACAAGGCCAGCGGAGAGAAGUUCAUGCACACUUACCAUCUCCCUCCUGAUACCCCUGAACUGAUGCAAGCCAGAUACAAUGCUGUCAACAUCAGCCAGAAUUACUAUUCCUACGCUCAUCGACAAGAUAUUCUCAAAGGACAUCAUAUGAAGGAGGAUGCCAUUCCUAUUGUUGCAGCAAAAUCUUCAAGAGACAUUGCCAGUAAUUACAAAUACAAGUUGGCUUAUGAGAAGGCAAAGGGCCACCAUGUUGGCUUCCGCAGCCUCCAGGAUGAUCCUCUUCUAGUUCACUACAUGGAGGUGGCCAAAAUGCAGAGCGACAAAAACUACAAGAAGGACUACCACAAGGCCAAACUGAAGUAUCACACCCCAGUGGACAUGAUGAGUGUUGCCCACGCCAAGCAGGCCUCUGCUGUUCAGACUAUGGCUGGAUAUAGGAAGAUCCCUCACAGCUUCUUGCUUCUGCCUGACAACAUGCACCUGCAACUGUGUCGCAGCAUGAUGGAGAUUCAGAGUGAUAAUGUCUACAAGUCAGAUUAUACCAACUACUAUAAAGGUGCAGGGUGGGUCCCUAUUGGUUCCCUGGAUGUUGAGAAGGCCAAAGCUGCUAAGGCUGCACUGGAUGAUAGAGGCUACCGCCAGCAUCCCAGUACUUUCAAAUUCACAAGCAAGACUGAUGCCAUGAACAUGGCUCUGGCUCUGGCCAACUCAAGGCAGCUGGACAAAACUGCAUACAAAGCUUCUGGUGAGAAGUACAUGCACACCUAUCAUCUGCCCGCUGACAGCCCAGAGUUCCUCCAGGCUAAAUUCAAUGCCCAGACCCUUAGUGAGAGUCACUAUAAGCACAAGUGGCUGGAAGAUAUUGCCAAGGGAUACGACAUGAAGCCUGAUGCUAUACCUAUCCUGCAUGCCAAACAAGGCAGACAUAUUGCCAGCAAUGUCCAAUACAAGAAAGAUUAUGAGAAGGCCAGAGGCCACCAUGUUGGCUUUCGUAGCCUCCAGGAUGAUCCCCUGCUGGUUCACUACAUGGAGGUAGCCAAGCUGCAGAGUGACAAGAACUACAAAAAGGACUACCACAAGGCUAAACUGAAGUAUCACUCUCCAGUUGACAUGAUGAGUGUGGUCCAUGCUAAGCAGGCAUCUGCUGUUCAGACUUAUGCUGGUUACAGAAAGAUCCCUCACAACUACCUCCUUCUGCCCGACAACAUGCACCUGCAACUGUGUCGCACCAUGAAUACUCAGUCAAGUGACUGUGAUUACAAAUCUGAAUGGAACAACUAUAUCAGAGGUAUUGGAUGGGUCCCUAUUGGCUCACUUGGAGUUGAGACUGCUAAAGUUGGUGGUCAGAUUCUAAGCGACCAGAAGUACCGCACUCAUCCAUCCAACUUCAAGUUCAGCAAGCUGAUGGACUCCAUGGACUUGGCUCUGGCUACUGCCAACAACCAGAUCAUGAACAAGAAAGCAUACACUACUGCUUGGGAGAAGGACAAGCUGACAGUCCACAUCAUGCCAGAUUCUCCUGAAAUUGUCCUGGCCAAGGCUAAUGCCCUCAAUAUGAGCAAUAAACUUUACAAAGCUGGUGUUGUGGAGAUGGCCAAUAAGGGCUACAACCUCAAAGCAGAUGCUAUCCCCAUUGUGGCUGCUAAGUCUGGUACCACUAUUGCCAGUAAUUACAAGUACAAACUGGCUUAUGAGAAGGCCAGAGGCCACCAUGUUGGCUUCCGCAGUCUCCAGGACGAUCCUCUGCUGGUUCACUACAUGGAGGUAGCCAAACUGCAGAGUGACAAGAACUACAAGAAGGAUUACCACAAGGCCAAGCUGAAGUAUCACACCCCAGUGGACAUGCUGAGUGUUGUUCAUGCCAAGCAGGCCUCUGCUGCUCAAACCAUGGCUGGAUAUAGACAGAUCCAGCACAGUUACGCUCUCCUCCCUGAUGCCAUGAACCUAGUGCUGGCUCGUACCAUGAAUGUCCAGUCUAGUGAUUGGGACUACAAAUCUGAAUGGAACAACUAUAUCAGAGGUAUUGGAUGGGUCCCUAUUGGCUCACUUGGAGUUGAGACUGCUAAAGUUGGUGGUCAGAUUCUGAGCGACCAGAAGUACCGCACUCAUCCAUCCAACUUCAAGUUCAGCAAGCUGAUGGACUCUAUGGACUUGGCUCUGGCUACUGCCAACAACCAGAUCAUGAAUAAGAAAGCAUACACAGCAGCUUGGGAGAAGGACAAGCUGACAGUCCACGUCAUGCCAGAUUCUCCUGAGAUUGUCCUGGCCAAGGCUAAUGCCCUCAAUAUGAGCAAUAAACUUUACAAAGCUGGUGUUGUGGCAAUGGCCAAUAAGGGCUACAACCUCAAAGCAGAUGCCAUCCCCAUUGUGGCUGCUAAGACUGGUACCACUAUUGCCAGUAAUUACAAGUACAAAUUGGCUUACGAGAAGGCCAGAGGCCACCAUGUUGGCUUCCGCAGCCUCCAGGACGAUCCUCUGCUGGUUCACUACAUGGAGGUGGCCAAACUGCAGAGUGACAAGAACUACAAGAAGGACUACCACAAAGCCAAACUGAAGUAUCACACCCCAGUGGACAUGAUGAGUAUAGUCCAUGCUAAGCAGGCCUCCGCUGCUCAAACUAUGGCUGGAUACAAGCAGAUUAUCUCCCACUACACAGUGCUGCCUGACGCCAUGAACCUGGAACUGGCUCGUAACAUGCAAUUCAUUGCCAGUGAUAAUCAGUACAAGAGUGAGUAUGAAAGCUUCAUGAAAGGAAUAGGAUGGGUUCCUAUUGGAUCACUGGAUGUCGAGAAGGCAAAAACAGCCAGCCAGAUCUUCAGUGAGAAACGAUACCGUCAACAUCCUAGCAACUACAAUUUCACAAAGGACAUGCAGUCCAUGGAUCUGACACUGGCCACAGCCAACAACCAGAUUAUGGAUAAGAAAUCAUACAUCAAGGCCUGGGAGAAAGACAAGACUUCAAUCCACAUCAUGCCUGAUGCAAUGGACAUUGUUCUGGCCAGAGGAAACAAGAGAAACUACAGUGAGAAACUGUACAAGUUGGACAAUGAGCUGUCCAAGAAGAAAGGCCAUAAUCUCCGUGCUGAUGCCAUUUCAGUUCAGGCUGCCAAAGCCUCCACUGCAAUUGCUAGUGAUUACAAGUACAAGUCAGGAUACCGUAAGCAGGUUGGUCACCACAUUGGUGCUCUCAGCAUCCAGGAUGACCCUCUGCUCAUGCUGGCUCUGAACUCAGCCAAGAUUGCCAGUGAUGCCCUGUACAAGAAAGACUUCAACAAGUCCAAGACCAAGUUCCACCUGCCAGUGGACAUGAUGGCCUUUGAACUGGCCAAGAAGAACCAGAUUCAGGUCAACCAUGCCAACUAUAUCACCCGUUUGCACAACUGGACUUGCUUGCCAGACUCCAAUGAUGUUGUCCAGGCCAGACAUGCUUAUGACCUGCAGAGUGAUGCUGUGUACAAGGAGGAUCUGAAGAUGAUGCAGGGUAUUGGAUGGGUGCCUAUAGGUUCACUGGAUGUUGAAAAGGCGAAAAAAGCUGGCGAGAUCCUGAGUGACAAAAAGUAUCGCCAGCAUCCAAGCAACUACAAGUUCAAAAUGACUACUGAAGACAUGCCCAUAGCGUUGGCUAAGGCCAAUGCUCAGGUUAUGAAUAAGAAAGCUUACAGAGACGCCUGGGAAAAAGACAAGACUACCAUCCAUAUCAUGCCUGAUUCUAUGGAUAUUUUAUUGGCCAAAGCAAACAAAGUCAACUAUAGUGUGAAAAUGUACAAGCAGGCAAAUGAAGAGGCCAAGAAGAAGGGAUAUGACCUGCGUAAUGAUGCCAUUUCCAUUAUUGCAGCGAGAGCUUCAAGGGAUAUUGCCAGCGAUUACAAGUACAAGGCAGGAUACCGUAAGCAGGUUGGUCACCACAUUGGUGCUCUCAGCAUCCAGGACGACCCUCUGCUCAUGCUGGCUCUGAAUUCAGCCAGGAUUGCCAGCGAUGCCCUGUACAAGAAAGACUUCAACAAGUCCAAGACCAAGUUCCACCUGCCAGUGGACAUGAUGGCCUUUGAACUGGCCAAGAAAAACCAGAUUCAGGUCAACCAUGCCAACUACAUCACCCGUUUGCACAACUGGACUUGCCUGCCAGACUCUAAUGAUGUCGUCCAGGCCAGACAUGCUUAUGACCUGCAAAGUGAUGCUGUGUACAAGGAGGAUCUGAAGAUGAUGCAGGGUAUUGGAUGGGUGCCUAUAGGUUCACUGGAUGUUGAAAAGGCGAAGAAAGCUGGUGAGAUCCUGAGUGACAAGAAGUAUCGUCAGCACCCAAGCAACUACAAGUUCAAAAUGACUACUGAGGACAUGCCUUUAGCAUUGGCUAAGGCCAAUGCUCAGGUUAUGAACAAGAAAUCUUACAUUGAAGCCUGGGAGAAUGAGAAGAUGAAGAUCCACAUCAUGCCUGAUGCUAUGGAUGUUCUUCUUGCCAAGGCCAACAAUAUCAACUACAGUUUGAAAAAGUACAAACAGGCAAAUGAAGAUUCCAAGAAGAAAGGCUAUGAUCUGCGCAAUGAUGCCAUUUCGAUCAUUGCAGCCAGGGCUUCCAGGGACAUUGCCAGUGAUUACAAGUACAAGGCAGGAUACCGUAAGCAGGUUGGUCACCACAUUGGUGCUCUCAGCAUCCAGGAUGACCCUCUGCUCAUGCUGGCUCUGAACUCAGCCAAGAUUGCCAGCGAUGCCCUGUACAAGAAAGACUUCAACAAGUCCAAGACCAAGUUCCACCUGCCAGUGGACAUGAUGGCCUUUGAACUGGCCAAGAAGAACCAGAUUCAGGUCAACCAUGCCAACUACAUCACCCGUUUGCACAACUGGACUUGCUUGCCAGACUCCAAUGAUGUCGUCCAGGCCAGACAUGCUUAUGACCUGCAAAGUGAUGCUGUGUACAAGGAGGAUCUGAAGAUGAUGCAGGGUAUUGGAUGGGUGCCUAUAGGUUCACUGGAUGUUGAAAAGGCGAAGAAAGCUGGUGAGAUCCUGAGUGACAUAAAGUAUCGUCAGCACCCAAGCAACUACAAGUUCAAAAUGACUACUGAAGACAUGCCUAUAGCGUUGGCUAAGGCCAAUGCUCAGGUUAUGAACAAGAAAUCUUACAUUGAAGCCUGGGAGAAUGAGAAGAUGAAGAUCCACAUCAUGCCUGAUGCUAUGGAUGUUCUUCUUGCCAAGGCCAACAAUGUCAACUACAGUUUGAAAAAGUACAAACAGGCAAAUGAAGAUUCCAAGAAGAAAGGCUAUGAUCUGCGCAAUGAUGCCAUUUCGAUCAUUGCAGCCAGGGCUUCCAGGGACAUUGCCAGUGAUUACAAGUACAAGGCAGGAUACCGUAAGCAGGUUGGUCACCACAUUGGUGCUCGCAGCAUCCAGGACGACCCUCUGCUCAUGCUGGCUCUGAAUUCAGCCAGGAUUGCCAGCGAUGCCCUGUACAAGAAAGACUUCAACAAGUCCAAGACCAAGUUCCACCUACCAGUGGACAUGAUGGCCUUUGAACUGGCCAAGAAAAACCAGAUUCAGGUCAACCAUGCCAACUACAUCACCCGCUUACACCAGUGGACUUGCCUGCCAGACUCCAAUGAUGUCGUCCAGGCCAGGCAUGCUUAUGACCUGCAGAGUGAUGCUGUCUAUAAAGCUGACCUGAAGUGGCUCCAGGGCCUGGGCUGGGUCCCCAUUGGCUCUCUAGACGUGGAGAAGGCCAAGAAGGCUGCAGAGAUCUUGACUGAUAGAAAGUACCGCCAGCACCCCAGCACUGUUCACUUCACCAGCCCGAUAGAUGCCAUGAACAUCGUACUGGCAAAGAAUAAUGCCUUGACCAUGAACAAGCGUCUCUACACUGAGGCAUGGGAGAAGGACAAGACCAAGCUGCACAUCAAACCUGACACUCCUGAGAUCCUCCUCUCUCAGCAGAAUGCUAUCAACAUGAGCAGGAAACUAUACAGAGAAGGUUUUGAGGCCACAAUUGCAAAGGGAUAUUUCCUACCUGUGGAUGCAAUCUCUGUCAAGUCUGCCAAAGCCUCCAGGGACAUCAUCAGUGAUUACAAGUACAAGACAGGAUACCGUAGGCAGGUUGGCCACCACAUUGGUGCCCGCAGUGUCCAGGAUGACCCUCUGAUCAUGCUGGCUCUGAACUCAGCCAAGAUUGCCAGUGAUGUCCUGUACAAGAAAGACUUCAACAAGUCCAAGACCAAGUUCCACCUUCCAGUGGAUAUGCUGAGUCUUGAGCUGGCCAAGAAAUGCCAGAUUCAGGUCAAUCACGCCAACUACAUCACUCGGUUGCACCAGUGGACUUGUCUACCAGACUCCAAUGAUGUUGUCCAGGCUAGGAAAGCCUACGAUCUUCAGAGUGAUGCUGUGUACAAAGCUGACUUGGAUGAGAUUGUAGGUGUAGGAUGGAUCCCCAUUGGUUCACUGGAUGUGGUGAAGGCCAAGAAUGCUGCAAAAAUCCUCAGUGAUCGUCUCUACAGGCAGAAAACAGACACACUGAAAUAUAAGACUGAUAUGACCUCCAUGCCCAUGGUCUUAGCCAAAACAAAUGCUGAUAUCAUGAACAAGAGAAACUACAUUGCUGCUUGGGAGGCUGACAAGAUUAAGACUCAUGUCACCCCUGACAUGCCUGAGCUGUUGCUUUCCAAAGCUAAUGCAUACAACAUCAGCAAGAAACUCUACAGGGAAGCUGUUGAGGAGAUCUUCAGAAAGGGCUAUGACCUUAAGGGUGAUGCUGUCUCUGUUGUUGCUGCCAAACAUGCAAGAGAUAUCAUCAGUGAUUACAAAUACAAGACAGGAUACCGUAAGCAGGUUGGCCACCACAUCGGAGCCCUCAGUGUCCAGGAUGACCCUCUGAUCAUGCUGGCUCUGAACUCAGCCAAGAUUGCCAGUGAUGCUUUGUACAAGAAGGACUUCAACAAGUCCAAGACCAAGUUCCACCUGCCCGUGGACAUGCUGAAUCUUGAACUGGCCAAGAAAUGCCAGAUCCAAGUCAAUGAUUUCAACUACAGAACUCAUCUGCACAAUUGGACCUGCCUACCAGACUCCAACGAUGUUGUCCAGGCCAGGAAGGCAUAUGACCUGCAGAGCGAUGCUGUGUACAAGGCUGAUAUGGAAUGGAUCAAGGGUACAGGUUGGGUGCCAAUUGGGUCACUUGAAGUGGAAAAGGCCAAGAAAGCAGCUGAGAUCCUGAGCGACAGGAAAUACCGUCAGCAUCCCAGCACCUUCAAGUUCACUGCCAAGACAAGUGACAUGCCAUAUGCCCUUGCUCAGGCCAAUGCCCAGAUCAUGGACAAGAAAGCAUAUAUUGCUGCCUGGGAGAACGAUAAGACCAACCUUCACAUCAUGCCUGACACCCCAGAGGUCAUCCUGGCAAAACAGAAUAAACUCAACACCAGUCUGAAAUAUUAUCGUGAAGGCUUUAUGGACACCAUCAACAAAGGCUACUUCCUUCCCAAAGAUGCAAUUUCAGUUUUAUCAGCCAAACACUCCCGAGACAUCAUCAGCGAUUACAAAUACAAGGCUGGUUUCCGCAAACAAUGUGGCCAUCAUAUUGGUGCCCUCAGUGUUAAGGAUGACCCACUGAUUAUGUUGGCUGCUCAUGCAGCCAAGAUCUCCAGCGACAACAUCUAUAAGAAGGACUUCAACAAGACUAAGACCAAGUACAACCUGCCAGUGGACAUGCUGACACUUGAACUAGCAAAAAAAUGCCAGAUCCAAGUCAAUGAUUUCAACUACAGAACUCACUUACACCAAUGGACAUGCCUGCCAGACUCCAAUGAUGUAGUCCAGGCUAGAAAGGUCUACGACUUACAGAGUGAUGCUGUAUACAAAGCUGAUCUGGAGUGGCUGAGAGGAUGUGGCUGGUCACCUCAGGACUCUGUGGAUGUCAUUAAAGCUAGAAAUGCCCAGACAAUUCUCAAUGACAGGCUCUAUCGCCAGCCCCCAAGUACUGUCAAGUUCACCAGUGUUGUGGACCUCCCAGCUAUUGUCUUGUCCAAGCAAAAUGCUGACAACCUCAGUGAUAGGAAAUAUAGAGAGGUCUGGGAUAAAGACAAGCUCACCAUUCACCUGCCACCUAACACCCCCACCUUUGAACUGUCAAAGGCCAAUGCUAUUAACAUCAGCAAUAAACUGUACACAAAGACCUGGGAUGACCAGAAGGCCAAAGGCUACCAUAUCAAGGAGGAUGCUAUCUCUGUGUUGAAGGCUAAAGCUUCCAGAGAUAUCAUUAGUGAUUACAAGUACCAUGAAGGAUACCGUAAGCAAGUUGGCCACCACAUUGGUGCUCGCAGUGUCCAGGACGACCCUCUGAUCAUGCUGGCUAUGAACUCAGCCAAGAUUGCCAGUGAUGCCCUGUACAAGAAAGACUUCAACAAGUCCAAGACUAAAUUCAACUUGCCAGUGGACAUGCUGACACUUGAGCUGGCCAAGAAAUGCCAGAUCCAAGUCAAUGACUUCAACUAUAGAACUUAUUUGCAUCAGUGGACUUGUCUGCCAGACUCCAAUGAUGUGGUCCAGGCCAGAAAGGCCUAUGAUCUCCAAAGCGAUGCUGUGUACAAAGCUGAUAUGGAGUGGAUACGUGGAUGUGGAUGGAUUCCACAUGAGUGUGUGGAUGUUAUAAAGGUGAAGAAUGCACAGAAGAUCCUGGCUGAUAGAGGCUACCGUGUCAAGUUGGAUGACCAGAAAUACACAGUUCCAACUGACAGAGUUGACUUGGUCUGUGCCAAGAAUGCUGCUGAGGUCCUUAACGAGGCCAAAUAUCGUGAGGCAUGGCACCAGGACAAGACCAAGUACUCACUGGUGGACACUCCAACUCUUGCCACAGCCAGGGAGGUGGCUAAAAACAUUCACCCAAAACUGUAUACCAAAGCAUGGGACAAUGUCAAAGCCACAGGGUACUUCAUGCCUGGAGAUGCUGUGCCAAUCAAGCAGUGCAUUGAGACAACCAAAGUGCAGAGUAAACACAAGUACCUUGAGGGAUACCGUAGGCAGGUUGGCCACCACAUUGGUGCCCGCUGUGUCGAGGAUGACCCUCUGAUCAUGCUGGCUCUGAACUCAGCCAAGAUUGCCAGUGAUGCCCUGUACAAGAAGGACUUCAACAAGUCCAAGACCAAGUUCAACUUGCCAGUGGACAUGCUUCAGUUUGAACUGGCCAAGAAAUGCCAGAUCCAAGUCAAUGAUGACAACUACAGAACUCGCCUGCACCAGUGGACUUGUCUUCCCGACCAGAAUGAUGUUAUCCAGGCGCGCAAAGCAUAUGAUCUUCAAAGCGAUCAUGUGUAUAAGGCUGACCUGGAAUGGAUUCGUGGCUGUGGCUGGGUGGCAGCCGACUCUGUUGACCAUGUCAAGGUCAAGAAGGCCCAGGAGAUUCUCAACGAUAGGCAUUAUAAGAAGAAUGCCAAAGAAUGCUUUGGAAAAUUCACCUUGGUUGUGGACCGUCCUGAGAUUGUCUUGGCAAAGAUAAAUGCUGCCAACCUUAGUGAUCUGAAGUACAAAGAGACGUUCAAUGCAGAAAAAGGUCAUUACAUUGGUUCAGAUGACACUCCUCAGCUGGCCCAUAGCAGGGAGGUGUCUAAGACCAUCAGUGAGAAACUUUACAAAAUGCAAUGGGAUGAGUCUAAGGCUACGGGCUACCAGCUGAACCAUGAAUACAUCCCACUUCUCAGUGGCAAGAAGAGCAGGGAAAUCGCUAGUGAUGUCAAGUAUAAGAAUUUGCAUGAGAAGGCCAAGGGUCACUACAUGGCUGGAACCCUGAUGGAUUUCCCUGAGGUGGUGCGCUGUGGACAGCAGGAGAAGAACAAGGGACUGAGACUCUACCAGAAGGACUACCAUCAAAGCAAGACCAAGACCCACAUCCCACCUGACAUCAUUGCCAACCAGGUAGCUAAGCGGUGCCAGGAUAUGCUGAGCAACUGUCAUUAUCGCACCUACCUGCACCAGUGGACAUGCCAUCCUGACCAGGAAGAUGCCAUUCGUGCCCGCAAGACCAAUGAAAUUCUCAGUGAUGUGUUCUACAAGGAUGACCUAAAUUGGAUGAAGGGUAUUGGUUGCUAUGUCUGGGACACACCAGAGAUUGUUCGUGCCAAGAAGUCCUACGAGCUGCAGAGUGAUCUUAAAUACAGGGACAGUGCCAAGAAAGAAUUCAACAAUUACUCCAUUGUGACAGACACCCCAGUUUAUGUGACUGCUGUUCUAGGUCACACCUGGGCCAGUGAGCUCAACUACAGGGAGGCUUAUCAUAAGGAGAAGCAUCUGUACACCACCGUUCUGGAUACUUACGACUAUGCCAGAUGCCACAACUUCAAACACUUUUUCAGCAACAAAAACUACACUGCUGCUUGGGACAAAAUCAAAGCCAAGAGCUACCAGAUUCCACAUGACUCACAUGCCUUACAACAUGCCAAAAGCCAAAAGAUCAUUCUCAGCAGUGUGAAGUACAAGGAGGAUUAUGAGAAGUUCAAAUCCCUCUACAGUCUGCCCAAGUCUCUUGAAGAUGAUCCUGCCACUGCUCGCUGUGUCAAAGCUGGAAAGCUGGUCCUAGAUCGUCUGUACAGGGAGAACUAUGAGAAGACCAAGGCAAAGAACCAUAUCCCACCAGACAUGCUGGAGAUCCUGUCUGCCCGCAAUACCCAGUCCACUGUCAGUGGGAUCCACUACCGCAAGUAUCUGCACCAGUGGAUGUGCCUACCUGACAUGCAGAUGUAUGUCCAAGCACGCAAAGUCAACGAGCAACUCAGUGAUAUUUUCUACAAAGAUGAUCUCAACUGGCUGAAGGGUAUUGGCUGCUAUGCCUGGGACACACCAGAGAUCCUUCGUGUCAAGCAUGCUGGUGAACUUCAGAGUGAGCACAAGUACAGAGCGAAAGGUGUUGAGGCUUUCAAGGACUAUUCAGUGGUCACAGAUACUCCAGUGUAUGAGACAGCCAAGCAGAAUGCUCAGAACUUGAGUGAUCUGCACUACCGCUAUGACUACAACACCAAUGUCAAGGGCACAAACACUGCUCCUGCUGUUACCAUUGACACAGAAAGGGCACGCCUGGCUAACUACAUCCAGAGUGAUAACUGGUACAAAGAGGCCAACAAGAACUUCAUGCCGACUGGUUACUCCCUGCCCCACGACACUCCACUCAUCAAGCAGGUUAAGAUGAACAGUGUUGUCGCCAGCAAUGUGAAGUACAAGGAGGCCUUUGAGAUGAUGAAGGCUAAGGCAUACACUCUUCAUCCAGAGGGUGUCAACUUUGUCAAUGCAAGGAAAGCUAACAAGAUCAUCAAUGAUCGUCUGUAUCGUGAGGUCUACCAUAAGCAAAAGGACAAGAUCCACACAACCUACGACACCCCUGAUAUCAGACAAGUCAAGAUGAACCAGGAGCACCUCAGUGAUUUAUGCUACAAAGAGAAAUACUACAACAGCAGAGGUCAGUUGAUCUCUAUGCCCAUUACACCUGAGCUGAUGCACUGCUACCAUGUCAAUGAGAUCACCAGUGAGCUGAAAUACAAAGAGGACCUGAUGUGGCUGAGAGGCCUGGGCUGCUUCUUGUAUGACACCCCAGAGAUGGUCCAUGUCCGCAACAUCACCAAAUUCAGGGUGAGCUAUCCAGUGGAGGCUAAGAAGAACCUUGCCAACUUCUCUGUGGUCCUGGACACUCCAGAGUACAAGCGUGUGACUGAGCUCAAGACCCACAUGAGCAAUCUGAUCUACAAAGCUCAGAGCAAGGAGGAAAUGGCUAAGGUCAUCACUCCUGUGGACUCUAUUGACAUCAAGAGAGCCAAAUGGGCCCAGCAGCUUACUAACAAAUACCAGUACACAGAUCUGGCCGCUAAGGAGAGAGCUCAUUUCACUCCAGAAAUUGAGACUCCACACAUGGGCCAUGCUAGAAAAAUGAAAGUGGUCUACAGUGAUAACAAGUACAAAGAACAGUAUGAGAAGAUGAAGCACAGGUACACUGCCAUUGCUGAUACACCUCUCCUGAUUCGUGCCAAGAAAUCCUACCUCCAGUCCAGCGAUCUGCGCUACAAAGAGACCUUUGAGCUCUCCAGGGGUCACUACCGCACAGUCAAGGAUGCUCUGGACAUCAUCUACCACCGCAGAGUUACUGACGAUAUCAGUGAGGUUAAAUACAGGGAGAAAUACAUUAACUCUCUGGGUACCUGGAAGUCCAUCCCUGACCGUCCUGAGUUCUUCUUUAGCAGAAUUGUCAAUGAUAACGUCAGCAACGUCAAGUACAAGGAGGACCUGGACUGGCUGAAGGGUAUUGGCUGCUUUGUUUGGGACACACCUGAGCUGGUGCGGGCUGAGAGGAACAAGACACUUUACAGUGAGAGACUGUACAAAGCAUCCUUUGAGAAGAACAGAGGCAACUUCAAGUAUACCUGUGACACACCGUACUUCCAGGCUGCCAAGAAUGCUUCCAUUCUCAUUAAUGAUAGGGCCUAUAGAGCUAAUUAUGAGAAGACCAAGGACAAGUUCACCAUAACUACAGAUGAUCCUAGAUACCAACUGGCCAGGGAGAACAGGAAGAUGAGCCAGUGGAGGUACAGGGAGCAGUAUGAACGUGCUAAGGACAAGUUCACGUCUGUUUUGGAGACUCCUGAAUAUGAGACCCACCAACGCAGCAAGAAGAUCAGUGACAUCAUCUACAAGAUGGAGUAUAACAAGACCAAGGCUAAGGGAUACACCUUGCCUUAUGAUACACCAUACCAACAGCACAUGAAGAAGGUCAAGGAGAUCACUAGCAAUCUGAAGUACAAAGAAGUGUAUGAGAAGAGCAAGGCUCAGAUCAACAUGGACCCUGAAGCUCAUGAGAUUCGCGCUGCCAAGGAGGCCUACAAGAACAUCAGCAAUCUUGACUACAAGAAAAAGUAUGAAGCCACCAAGAACAAAUGGAUCUGGACAACAGACAGACCUGACUUUGUCAAUGCUGCCAAGAACUCCUUGCAACAGAGUGAUGUUGAGUACAAAUAUGACAAAGAGAUGCUGAAGGGCUGUGUGAUACCUGUAGUUGAUGACAAGUACACUGUCCUGUGUAUGAAGAAUGCUGAAAUGGCUAGUGAUGUGAAAUACAAAGAGAAGUAUGAAAAGGCAAAGGGCCACUAUGUGCCUGUCUUGGACACUCCUCAAAUCCUUCACGCAAAGGCUGUGCGAACUCUGGCAUCAGAGAGUAAAUAUAAGGAGGCCAGUAAGAAGGACAUGCAGUCUGGCUCAUUCACUACCCUGUCCGAGACUCGUGACACAGCUCACAGCAAGCAGGUCAACAAGCUUGUCAGCGGGAAACUGUAUAAAGAAAAGUUUGAGAAGGAGAAGGGCAAGUCAGUGUAUAACCACAUGAUUGUUCCACCCGAUGUUCAGCAUGCCAUUGAUGUGGCCAAGAGUCAGAGCAAUAUUGCUUACAAGAAGAAUGCCAAAGCCAACCUGCACUACACUCCUGUAGUUGACCGUCCUGACAUAAAGAAGGCUACCCAGGCUGCUAGACUUAUCAGUGAGAUUGGCUACCGUGACAAGGCCCGUGAGGAGGCAAGCCGUGGAGGUUCUCUGGCUUUCCGCCCGGACAUCACUCUGGCCACUGAGGUGUCCAAGCUGACCAGCCAGGUGAAGUACAAGGAGAAGUUUGACAAGGAGGUGAAAGGAAAGAAACCACAAUAUGACCUGAAGGAGAGUAAGAUUUACAAGACUUUGAAGGAUGCCAAUGUGCUGGCUAGUGAGGUGAAGUACAAAGGUGACCUGAAGAAGAUCCACAAGCCUGUGACCGACAUGGCUGAGUCUCUGUCCAUGCAGCACAGCCUGAGCACCAGCAAACUGUCCAGCGAUUACUGCUACAAGAAGAAAUUUGAGGAGAGUAAAGGUCACUACCACAUGAUUCCUGACACACCAGAACAGCUCCAUCACAAGGAGGCCUCUGAACUUCAGAGCAACGUGAAAUACAAGGAGAAGUAUGAGAGGGAGAAGGGCAAGCCCAUGCUGGACUUUGAGACACCCACAUAUGUGACUGCUAAGGAGGCCCAGCACAUGCAGAGUCAGAAAGACUAUAAGAAGGACUUUGAGGAAUACAUGAGGGGCAAGAACCUCUCAGGCUUGGAGGUCACCCCUGCCAUGAUACAUGUCAGGCACGCCACCAAAAUAGCCAGUGAGAAAGAGUACAGGAAGGAUCUAGAAGAGGGAGUGAAGGGUAAAGGGCUUACUGUGCUGGAGGAAACUCCGGAGCUUUUGAGAGCAAGGAAUGCCACUCAAAUCCUGUGUGAGAGAGAGUACAAGAAGGCACUGGAGCAGGAGAUCAAGGGCAAGGGAAUGUUGGCAUUGGCUACAGACACCCCAGAUUUCAUGAGGGCCAGGAACGCUACUGACAUCCUCAGUCAGACGAAGUAUAAGCAGACUGCUGAGAUGGACAGGGCCAGCUACACAACUGUUAUCGACACCCCAGACAUCAUCCAUGCUCAGCAGAUGAGAAACAUUGUCAGUCAGAAAAAGUACAAAGAGGAGGCUGAAAAGACUAUGUCUCACUAUGUACCAGUCCUGGACACUCCAGAGAUGCAGAGAGUCCGUGAGAACCAGAGGAACUUCAGCACUCUUCAAUACCAGAUUGACCUUAAAAACAUAAAGGGCAAAGUGUCUACUGUAAAGGACACUCCUGAAAUGCUGCGUGUUAAAGAGAAUACAAAGAAUUUCAGCUUGAUUCAGUACAAAGAGGAUUUGGGAAGAGGAACAGCUUUACCUGAGACCCCUGAGAUGGAGAGAGUUAAACGCAACCAGCAGAACAUUAGCACGAUACAGUACAAGGACUCUGUGGGUCAAGGCACAUCCAUACCAGAUCUCCCCGAGGUGAAGCGGGUCCAAGAAACCCAGAAGAAUAUCAGCUCGAUACAGUACAAGGACUCUGUGGGUCAAGGCACAUCCAUACCAGAUCUCCCUGAAGUGAAGCGGGUCCGAGAGACCCAGAAGAAUAUCAGCUCGAUACAGUACAAGGAUUCUGUGGGUCAAGGCACUUCUAUACCAGAUCUCCCUGAGGUGAAGCGGGUCAGAGAAACCCAGAAGAAUAUCAGCUUGCUUCAGUACAAAGAAGGAGUGGGACAAGGCACAUCAGUAUCAGAGACCCCAGAGAUGGAGAGAGUUAAACGCAAUCAGCAAAAUAUUAGCACGAUAAAAUACAAGGACUCUUUGGGUCGAGCAACAGCCAUACCGGACCUCCCUGAGGUGAAGCGGGUCAAACAAACCCAGAAGCACAUCAGCUCGGUGUUGUAUAAAGACAGUUCAGCCAAGGGAACCCCUGUGGUGUUUACUCCAGAGAUGGAGCGAGUCAAAAGGAACCAAGAAAACAUUAGCUCGGUGCUGUACUCUGACAGUUUCCGUAAGCAGGUCCAGGGCAAGGCUGCAUUUGUCCUGGACACACCUGAAAUGAGGCGCGUCAGGGAGACCCAGCGCAUCAUUUCUGGAGUGAGAUAUCACGAGGACUUUGAGAAGAGCAAGGGCAGCUUCACUCCCACCACCUCUGACCCUGUAACGGAGCGUGUGAAAAGGAACACCCAGGACUUCAGCGACAUCAGCUACCGUGGAAUCCAGAGGCGUGUGGUGGAGAUGGAGAGGAGACGUGCCAUGGAGCAUGACCAAGAGACCAUCACUGAUCUGCGUGUGUGGCGCACAAACCCCGGCUCUGUGUUUGACUACGACCCUGCUGAGGACAACAUUCAGUCCAGGAGUCUGCACAUGAUGUCAGUGCAAGCUCAGCGUCGCAGCAAGGAGCACUCCCGCUCCACCAGUGCUUUGAGUGGCAUGGCUGAUGAAAAGUCUGAGGUAUCCCAGGAUGCUGACCACCACAUGUCCCUCUAUAGCAAUGGCUUCAUGGCCUCCUCUAUGGGCUACCAGCAUGCUAAGACUGUAGAGGUGCAGCAGAGGUCAUCAUCAGUAGCCACCCAGCAGACCACAGUCUCCUCCAUCCCCUCACACCCCUCUACCACUGGAAAAACUGUGCGUGCCAUGUAUGACUAUGCUGCAGCCGACAGUGAUGAGGUGUCCUUCAAGGAUGGCGAUGUCAUCGUUAACGUGCAGUCCAUUGACGAGGGGUGGAUGUACGGUACUGUGCAGCGCACUGGCAAGACCGGUAUGCUGCCAGCCAACUACGUUGAGGCAAUUUAAAGACAAAGCCCGCCCAUCGUCCCUCCAGAAUGGGCGAGACACAUCCACAGGGCAAACUGAUUGGUCUUCCUGUGAUCACAACUGUGGCUUAGUGCAAUGUGUAGCUUUUAGUUUCUUGUAGGUCUGUAUUUGAACUGUGUUGUUAUUCUUGUUGGUAAGGCUGUUAUCAUUCAUAUGCUGCUGCCCGUGUUGCCUGUGGAUGUGAAUUAAGUAUUAUGACAUGACACAUAUAAAUAUUUCUGAUUAUACAUACUAUGCCUAUUUUAGAUUUAGUGUUCUAAGACACCAUCUUAGAAAUGCAAGACUCACUAAUAUACAGUACUUUCUGGCCCAUUAUUUUGUAAAUUUCAAAAAUAUUUAAUAUAUAUAAAACAUUUUUGUCCGAGUACUGAGAGAGUAUUUUCUCAUAGGAACAAUGGGCUCAAGUAGUUCUAAUUAUGCCUUUAAUGGAAGUUCUAUGGAGAGAGAAAGAAAAUGAUUAAAAUAACGACACUUAUAAGGAGUCAGUUACCAUCUACCUCCUCCAUGAUUAAACCACUCCUGAAGAAUUGUAUGAGACAAGCCUCAGUCUUCCCUCCUUUACACUGAAGGCUGGCCAUUAGUAGAAUGUGUGUUUUGUUUCUUCCGAUUAUUUAGGUCCUGGGUUAAGGCAUGUCCUCUACCUAAUCAGUAGCUAAUAAAGCACACCAAGCUCCUGCA